AUGUCUUCUACGGCCGCCCUCAUUGAUGCUGACUGGCAGCCCAAAGCCAUCGUCUUCGACCUCCUGACGGCUCUCCUCGACUCGUGGACACUCCUCCCCAGAGGAACCUACAUGCCAUACGAGGACUGCGUCCGGCAGGCCGCCCAAGACGUUGGCCUUCCUGCAUCGGCACCCGACGCCCUCAUCCGCGACUGGGCUAACCUGAGAGCUUGGCCCGAGGUUGCCCGCGUCUUGCCGCAGCUCAGGAGAAAGGGCUACAAGCUGGGCGUCGUGACCAACUGUUCCCUGAGGCUGGGCACCAUUGCGACACAGUGUGCCGAAGCAACGGCCAGUACAGGUGUUCGAGGUCGUUUCACGUUCGACUCUACCAUGGCCGCCGAGGAGAGCGGCUUCUACAAGCCGACGCGGGCAGCGUAUUACGCAUUGUUGUCCAAGAUGGGCCUGGAAGCGAGCAAUGUGCUGUUUGUGGCCGGCAGCGCUGGCGCUGUGCAGGGUGCAACAGAUGCUGGCAUGAGAGUUGUCUGGCACAACAAGGUCGGGUUGCCGAAGAAGGGCUCGGCCGAUCCGGUCAAGGAGGCUGCAGCGUUGCAAGAACGCGCUCAGUGA